AAAUAAAUAGAUUAAAUUAAUCUCUAAUUAAGGUGAGGGAACAGAGAGGCAUAACCUAAUAUCAGAAACGAAUGCCGGCCAAAAAAAAAAGGAAAGGAGAAAAAGAAUAAAAAAAUCGUUUGGGCGGUUGGAUCUUGAUGGGAGCCCAACCAAAGUCUAGCUCAUUCUCCCCCAAAAGGAAAAUACCAAAACCCUAGCUGCAUAAAACAUUUAUCGGAGGGGAUGGUACAAAAAAAGGAGGCGGGCAGCCAAGAGGAGAAAUCCCUGGAGUCUUCUUUUCUCCAACCGUCAACCUCUCUCCGGUCCCCCGAGUUGGAUCUCACCACCAUUGUUGCCGAUCAUCUCUGAUCUCAUCGUCAUCUUCACCGAUCACCACCAAACAGCCACUCUCUCUACUCAAAACCACAAAACACCUCUUGUAUAUCUUCUCUGUAACAGCCGCACAAAAGGGACAAAACUCUCAGAAAUUUCCAGCUUGAGCUCUCGGUGAUUUAUGCAGAAACAGCAACGGUAGAGAGAAGAAGAUUCGGAGCAGAAGGGCAGAAGAGAGAAGGCGCUUGGGGUGAUUUCCGGUCUCCUUUCGGUGUUUCUCUGGUGGCUGUUCCUACCCUGCGGCUUACUGAUUUUGUCUGAUUUCUCUCGCUUAGGUAUAGAUCUUUACAGAGGAGCUUGAGAAUUGUUUUUUUUUUUUUUUUUUGACUAUCCCGUGGGUGGGGUACCCUGGAUCCGAAGCAAAAAUCUACCUCUCAAUCUUCGCCCCUUUCUUGAUAUAUGCAUUUGUGUUGAUUGUGAAUCCAGAUCUUUAGAAAUGUAAAACUGGUUGAUGAAAUGAUACAUGUUUGUGUUCAGAUUUUAUCCUUAUUUUUAGUUCAGUAGGUCAGGUAAUGCCUAUUUCUCAACCUAAAUUGCCAGAUUACUUCUGCCAAUGCUAAGCAACACCACGAAGUUUUCAAUCCAUUUUUAUCAAGCAACAUCUGCGCAUAAAAAGAGGAUCUAGUA